AUGAAGCUCGACGCCAAAGCCAUCCGAUAUCUCACGUCUGAGGAUUUCCGAGUUGAAGCUGGCAGUCGAAACCAUGAAGUCGUCCCUACUCCCCUGAUCUCGCAGCUCUCCGGCCUCCGGGGCGGAAGCGGCGUGCACCGAUCUAUCUCCAACCUAGCCAAGACAAACCUCAUCGCGAAAGUGAAAAACGCAAAAUACGACGGCUACAGACUUACAUACGGUGGACUCGACUACCUAGCACUUAACGCGCACCAAAAGCAGAAGGUCGUAUACUCGGUCGGAAACCAAAUCGGAGUUGGAAAAGAAUCAGACAUCAUAGUCGUCGCGCAUAGUAGUGGCGAGCAACGAAUCCUCAAGAUCCACCGUCUUGGGCGAAUCUCUUUCCGAACCGUAAAGACCAAUCGCGAUUACCUCCGACACCGCAGCACGGGAUCAUGGAUGUACAUGUCGCGACUUGCAGCCCAAAAGGAGUUUGCUUUUAUGAAGGUGCUGCGCGAGAAUGGAUUCGCAGUUCCUGAGCCUAUCUCCCAAAACCGCCACACCAUCGUUAUGAGCUUGGUGGACGCCUUUCCGCUGCGACAGAUCUCGAAAGUGCCCCGGCCAGAGGCUCUCUAUUCAGAACUUAUGGAUAUCAUUCUAGAGCUGGCCCGGUUUGGCUUAAUUCACGGUGAUUUCAACGAGUUUAAUAUUCUGAUCAAAGAGGAGGUGGAUGACCCCGACGGGAAGGGUAAAGCACCUGUGAAUCUGGACGACGUGCCCGACGAGAUGAUCAAGCUGGUUCCAAUCAUUAUCGACUUCCCGCAGAUGGUGUCCAUCGAUCACGUCAAUGCUGAGAUGUACUUCGACCGUGAUGUCAACUGCAUCAAGCGAUACUUCCAGCGAAAGUUCCAUUUUGUUAGCGAUGUUCCAGGUCCUACCUUUGCGGAAGCUAGGAAGAAAUUCAUGAAGAAUCCUGGCAAGCGUCUGGAUGUAGAGGUUGAAGCUUCUGGUUUCUCGCGGAAAAUGGCGCGUGAGCUUGAGAAUUACAUGAAGGAGGUGGGAGUUGACGGAGAUGCUGGGUCAAGGGACGACGAGGGCGAAGAAUCAGAUGAAGAGGAGGAAGAAUCGGAAGAGGAGGAGGAGCAGGAGGAGCAGGAGGAGCAGGAGGAGCAGGGGGAGCAGGAGGAGCCUCAAAACAAAAGCUCCCGGGGAGACGAUGUGGACGGUAAUACUCAGCGCCUUGAGGAGCUAGAAGUCUCAGACCCAUCGAGUCACUGA